UACAACGCCCUCAACUGCAUUGCAUCUCAAGCCAUACGCUCUCAAUAAAUAAACGUCACAGAGACAACUUCCCCUUCCCGGCGCCAUCUUCAUCCCCCUUCAACUCCGACACACAUAACAGAUUUUGCACCCUACCUCUACCAGAUGAAUGGAAUACAGAAUCUAAACAACAAAUGAUUCACAAGACUAAAAAUAUUUACUUUUUUUGCUAUUUUUUCUUUUGAGGAGGAGAGUCCUUUUACUUUUUCCUUUACUAAACAAUGGAUGAUUAAUAUUUUAUUCGAUUCCAUUCUUCUUUUCCCCCCUUCUCUUUCUUUUAACCUAAACAGAUACACUAAAGCUUAAUAUUAGUUAGAAUUUGAACUGUAUUGUAUACUUUGAACUGUAAUAUACGAUCGUCGGAUUCGUCUACAACCUCGAGUAUUGUCACUUUUUUGCCUACUGAAACGAGGAAGAGAGCCUGGAUUGCUAUUUCUUUUGUUUUUCAUCGUCCUUUUCCUUUCGGAAAACGAAUUUGAGCCAUCAGAUAUUCAUAUUGAGCAUAACUGUGAUAAAAACUUAGGCCCAUUCCUGGAAUGAAUCCAUUGUUUGUCAAAGAAUUUGGGAGAGAGUUUUGCAGUUCUAUUUAAUGGGCUGCUGCUAUUCAACUUCAAAGAGAACCAGAACGCCAGGUUAUGAGGAACCCACCGUUCUUGCAUCUCAGACACCUUGUGAGUAUCAUGAUCCAUCAUUGAAUGUUACUGUUAGUGAAGUAGAAGCCUUGCAUGAACUCUACAAGAAGUUGAGCAAUUCAAUUAUUGAAGAUAAUCUUAUUCACAGGGAAGAAUUCCAGUUGGCACUAUUCAGGAAUAGAAACAAGAAAAAUCUGUUUGCAGAUAGGAUUUUUGACUUGUUUGAUCUCAAGCGCAAUGGGGUCAUUGAGUUCGGCGAAUUUGUUCGAUCAUUGGGUCUUUUUCACCCAAAUGCCCCUUUAGAAGACAAAAUUACUUUUGCUUUUAGGUUGUAUGAUCUGAAGCAGACAGGGUUUAUUGAAAGAGACGAGUUGAAGGAGAUGGUAUUGGCACUUCUGCACGAGUCGGAUCUUGAGCUUUCAGAUGAUAUGAUUGAAAGCAUUGUGGACAAGACUUUUAGUGAUGCUGAUAUAAAUGGUGAUGGAAAGAUCGAUCAAGAAGAGUGGAAAGCAUUUGUGUCCAAACAUCCAUCCCUGAUAAGGAAUAUGACUCUUCCAUAUCUGAAGGAUAUUACGUUGGCAUUUCCCAGUUUUGUUGUAAGAACAGAAGUUGAAGAGUCGGAUAUAUGAAUUUGGAAGGUUUUGGUCUCACAAAAGAUGCUUUAUACUAUGUUGUACUAGUUUAUAGUAUCUUUGAUUUCGUCUCUUGAUAUUGUUGCUGUCAAGAGAUGACCUUAGCUGCGGUGCUAAAGACAAGAAUAUAAUUUGGUCUAUGGUUCCCCCUACAAAGUUUCUAAACCCGGUUUCGCAAAAUGCGCAGCUACCAAGUGAAGUUCUUUCUAGUUAGUAGAUAAACCUAAGGGUACGAGUUAUUCACUUGAAUUCUUAAUUCCAAUUCAAGGUUAGCUUGUACAUGCAUUUUGUGUAUAUAUGCACACAAGAGAUGAAACUAGGGCAUACUAACCCACAUAUAUGUAACUCGGCCAUCUUCUACUUUGUUGUAAGUUUGAAGGUAUGAGAAUUAUGGUAGAGGAUAUUUAAUGACCUCUCGUAGUUUGAAUAACCGUUAACAUGAUCACUGUAUCUGUGUAUCUUGAUCACUUAACUCAUACAAUUUGCUAAUCAUGGACUGAAUUUAGAUUCCAGUGUCAGUUUUUUAUA